UCCUUGGGAGCGGGUGCCGGUUCGCGGGAUCCUCCCGCAACACCCGCGGGGAGCCGCCUCGGAGAGGAGGACGGGUCCCAGGGUCUCCCCACAGCAUCCCUGGGAGCGGGACCCAGUCUCGGCGGUGUCUCCGCAGCAUCCCUGGGGAGCAGCCCCGGCGGGAUCUGGACCCAGAGACCCUUCCAGCGGCCCCGGCGAGGGCUGCGGAACAGGGGUCCUUCCCGCAGCAUCCCUGGGAGGGGGUCCUGUUCUCCCUCCCGCGGUCCCUCCCGCAGUAUCCCCCGGUCCCGUCCCCCCGCCCCCGCCGCGGGUCCCUCCCACAGCAUCCCCGGGUCCGGGUCCCCCCCCCGCCCGGUGACGCGCGCGGCGCGGCGGUGUCCGGGGGGCGGCGGGCAGGGGGCGGCGGGCGCUGCGGGCAUGGCCUGGCCGUGCAUCAGCCGCGUGUGCUGCCUGGCGCGGUUCUGGAGCCAGCUGGACAAGUCGGACCUGUCCGUGCCGCUCACCAUCCACAACUACUCGGACAUCGAGGAGCCCGAGCCCGGCGCCCGCCCCUCCGCCGCGGAGCCCCGCGAACCUCCGGGCGCCCGCAGGAAGGGCCGCACCGCCGCCGCCGCCGCCGCCGCCGCAGAGCCCUUCUCCGCCGAGACCCAGUACCGGCGCGACUUCCGAGCGUGGCCGCUGCCGCGGAGGGGCUCCUGCCCGGGCCGCGCCGCCUGCGCCCUCCCCGGAGCCCCCGCGCCGCCGCCGCUGCGACCGCGGUGGCAGCAGGACAGCGGGCACACCACCUGCUACCGGCAAGAAUAUCGCCCAUGGACUGGAGCAAAACCAUCCAAGCCUAUAAAGACAAAGCAAGGCUUCAUUAUCCCAGAAGACCAUUUUGUUCAAGAGACAAGCUACAAGGCAGAUUUUAAGGCGCCGUCACGGAUCCUCAACGUGUGAACCUGGACUCUCCUCACACCCAGGCAGCUUAAACGUGGCGUUUCGGUUCAGAUGUAUCACUAUGCAAUUUUCAUGAGGAGAGUUAAGAUCAAAGAACUGGUGUUAUCAAAAGCAGCUCCAGUGAUUAAUGAUACACACGCAUAUUUUCUGUUAACACAACAACCCCCACAAUGCUUGGUUCAAAGCUGGCAAAACACGCUGUGGGGAGUGACCUAGUUUCUCACAGGAGCAGGUUCAUCUCUGUGCCAGCUGGCAUCACGUUAGGAGAUUGACUUUGGGCAGCAUUGCAGGCAACAUCCCUACGCUUAACUGCAGCGGGUGGGAGGGGAACAAUCGCAAGCGGGAUGGAUAAUUAAAACCAAAAAGAGUCUUAUUUAAAUAGCAGCACCCUCUAAGUAGGCCACCGAAAGGCAGGGAAGAGUCUGGCUGACUCCUGAGCAUCUCUGGGGGCUUUGGAAAUAGGACCUCAAAUGGCGUCACCAGAAACCAUAGCGUCAGCGGGGCUGGCCUGAGCUUCUAGGGUUGUUUUAGAGGCUUGAGGAAGCCAACAGCAUGGAACUCCGAAAUGAAUGUGGCACAUGCAGUGUCUUGGGGAUUUGAGGCUGGAAAGCUGGUUGUUUCCCACAUUGGUGGGCUGAGGCAGGAGUGAGAGGGGGCUGAGCUUGGGGAAACAGCCCUGACAGCAACACACCAGUCUGGUUUGAGAGGGAGUGCGUGGACGGAGUCAGCUGGGCUCCCAAGAGCCUCCGGGGGGGAUCUAAGAUGUACUCGUGUCAUUUGUAUAGCUGCUAGGAGAAGUGUAAAUAUUGUAUAUGGAUUUUACCUAAAGCAACUUGGGGUCCUUUAAUGAAAAGGACAUGCUUAUACUUUUAAUAAAUGUUAACUCUUUGCAUAUGCAAGGUGACAAAUAUUGCCUUGAAAUUCCUCAAUUAUUGCCUGUAUAUUGGUAAUGCUCAUGCAGCAAAUGUUAUUUAGAAAUUCUUCUUAAAGAAAAAUGUAACGUAGAAUGUAAAACAUCCUUCAUUUUUAAGACAGGCCAUUCUAAGUCAUUGUUCUGAAGCUGAUUUUUUUAGAUUGGUGCGCAUUUCAUUUUUGCUGGGGUACACGUGUUUUAAGAAAUCAUUUUUUAGUCUUUGUCCAUCGAGACUGCAGUAGGUUUACAGUUUCUGUCUCAACGACUUAUGCAAUAUAAUUAGUCUGCUGCUUAUUUCAUGAUUUUACUCAUUAUUUUGGGGGAAAAAAAAAAAAAGAAAAAAAUUUUCUUCAUGUGUUUCAGCAAACUACAAACGUAUGUGUUGCUGAUAACUCCUGUAAGCACAAUUUUUGAACUCUUGGCAUGCGGAUUGCAACAAGACAUUGCCAAACGCAACCACAAGAGUGGGUAACAUCUGCAAUGAGCUGCAAGGGUUUGGGACAAGGGGUGGCACUUCCCACAUUCAUCACAGAAUGGUUGGGUUGAAAUAGACCUCAAAGCCUAUCCAGUUCCACCCUCUGCCAUGGGCAGAGGCACCUCCCACUGGAUGAAGAGAUCGUAAGGUCCAUCCAACCUGGCCUUGCACCCCUCCAGGGAUGGGGCAGCCUGGGCUGGGGCCUCACCACCCUCACAGCAAAACAUUUCUUCCUAAGAUCUGGUCUAACCUCUCCUCUUUUAGUAGAAAACCAUCAUCCCUUGUCCUAUUGCUACAGGCCCUGCUAAAAAGCUUUUCCCCAUCUUUCUGCUCAGCCCCCUUUAAAUAUUGACAGGCUGCAAUAAGGCCUCCUCAGAGUCUUCUCCAAGUUGAACAACUCCAACUUUCUCAGCCUCUUUUCAUCCUUGGACCCAGAGGAAUCUACUUUAAAACCAGGGCUUGCCAAAACAACUUUUCAGGAGAUUCAUUUUUCAGGAAAUUCACAUGAAACAUUCAAAACUGUAUCGGAGGUUUUUGCAUGUUCGAUGUUUCUAAGAAUUCAAUCUGCUUGUUUAAUCUCUUUCUAAUGUUUUUAAAAGUUUUGUUCAAACAACUUAAGUUCAUGUCAAUCCUGGACUUUAUUAACAGAAAAAAAAAAAAAGUAAAACAGAAAAAGCAAAAAGGAUAAAUUGUCUAUUCAGUUUCUCUUCUUGACUUACUGUAUUUCUUAAAAAAAAAAUAAUCAACCCAGUUAUAAGCACUCUGGUGAUAUAAUGAGCUUGUAUUUUACCAAAUGGACUGGAUUUAAUUUAAUAAAUUAAAAUGUAUUUUGGCUAUUGUUUCUU